AUGUUUCAAACAGAAGCUCUUAUUGAUACAUCAAUUUUGCCAUCUGAUACCAUGUCAUUACGUGACGUUAAAUUUUUUGAUUUUGUUCGAAAAGAAGCUGGUGAUGCUGCUGUUGAUCUUUUUGAAAUUCAAAGUAUCAAUUGUGUUAAAUCUUUGUUGAUGACAGCUGAUGUUUAUUGUAUUAUGAAUUUGAAAAGCAAAGCUUUAGAUUGUUUUAAAAAUAAGCAUGGUUUUAUGCUUGAUGAUGAUAUAUUCAUUAUAAAACCUGGUAUAAAAGGAAAUGUGGACUAUCUUAUUGAUUUAUUAAAACAAAAAUGUACUGAUGAUGCAAAGUUAACAAAAUCUUCAAAACGUAAUCAAUCAUCACCACCAUUAGAUAGAACCAUAAACACAUCCUCAACUACCACAGAAUCAACAAUGGCGGUUUUAUCGAGUAAUUCAUCAAACAUUGUCACAUCAAAAUCUUUAAACUUAUCACUCGAUGAACAUAAAACUUAUAUAAAUAAUACAUUGAACAAUUGGUGUAAAAAUAAUGAAUCAAGACUUAAUUUGUCAAAUUUGUCCUUGAUUGAAGGUCAACAUUACUCUAUUUCCAUAUUAAAUGAUGCAAGUGGUGUAUUAAAAGCUAAUAUAAAAUGUUGUUGUAACAAAUGGAUAUCAUUAACAAAUAAUCGUGGCAAAUUUCAACUAUCAAACUUUUACAGGCAUUUACAAGAUUUUCGUAAUAAUAAUACAUGUGAUAAAAUGAAAGAAUUAAUAAAAAAUUGUAAGCUGAUUUCAUCAAUAACUGCAGAUAAUCAACAAUCUUUUACAUGUUCAGAUACUUUACCAGAUCAAGAAUCAUCAUCAGAUAAUCAACAAUCAUUUACAUCAUCAGAUACUGCACCAGAUCACGAAUCAUCAUCAGAUACUACACCAGAUCACGAAUCAUCAUCAAAUGCGAUAUUACUUAAUUCUACGUCUACCUCUAUAACAACCGAUGAUCAUGAAAGUCUUGAACAACCUUCGCCAUUAUUAAAAAGUAAAAGUAGAGCGAAAAGAAAGCUUCAUUCAGUAGAAUCAUCUUAUAAUACGAAAGAAGUUGUAAAAAGAACGAGAAGACAAUAA